AUGGCGCGACUACGAGUUCCCGCAUCGCCAGUUAAAACUCGUCGCGCGAAUUAUGCCUAUGAAGGAGCCGGAAACAAGACGCCCAGCCAACCUAAUCAUUCAGGCCCACAGCCUGAGAUCAAUGUAGCCUUCGAUUCGUCUGCCAAUGAUCCCCCUGAACACCCCACUUCCUUUCCGCGCAUUGUAAGGAGCUUCGCGUUAAUGGACGUGAAGACAAAGCGAGAUGUACAAGGUUACAUUGUCGGACAGUACAAGGCCAUUAAGCAGAUGGGCCACGAGCACAUCACCGCGACUGGCACCAAAACAGUCUUCUUCCUUGGUCAAGCACAGCAAGAGGAAGAGUUCGACAUAUUAGACGAGGAUAUGAAGACCGACCUGGGCGAGUACAUCAACGAGGAUGAGGAUGCGGAUCGCUCAUGGCGUGGGGUUUGCGACUUCAUGCAGAAAAUUCCGACCUCCAAGGCUGUGGCGCCGACAGAGUUCAAGGAUAAGAACAUUUUGGAUACUGAGACACCUCAUCAAGCCCGCUUGAUGCGCGCCCAGAGUGCGCCCUCUCUGGCUCGAUGUAUCGCGAAUGCUAGCUUUGACAGCGCCGGAUCAGAGACAGACUCUGACUCAGAAGACGACGACAUCGAUCUUGAACUGAAAAUCGAGAACGCACUCUCGUCCUUUGCUAAAAAGGUCGAGGAAUUAGAGGAUGUAACAGGAGCGCUGUCAAUCACGCCACCCGGCCGCACAUAUUCUGACGCUCACCCAUUUACACCAUCGCCUCCCAAGGACAUCGAUAUACCUUACCCCUGUGGACCAAAGCAAAACUCUCGACUUCGUCGUCAUAGCGGUAACCGUUCACUCGCAUCAAUGAUCGCUCACGUUGAGGACCACCGUACGCCUUCGCGCUCGUCACCUUCUGCUUCGCUUUCUUCGUGCCCACUACCUGCAGGUACCACCUACAGUGUUAUCCGUAAGCCCUGCUACGACCCAAGCUUUGAGGGUCACAGCCCUUGCGCCACGCAUGAUGAGGGAAGCUGCGGACUUUCAGCGGAUGACGCUCUGGACAUGCUACAAGAACGCUUUGGAAUUGUACAUUGCGCUACUGCUGGCACCGGCUUUGAUUGUCGCGAAUGGCUGGAAUACAAGCUUGAGACCGGUGGGCUGCAGACGUGGGAGGGUGAAAGCUGGCCCAACGCACCCGAGCGCAUUGGAAACGAAUUUGAAGACGCCCAGAACUCUAUCACGAGGAAUGAAUCCGAGGACUGCGACGUAGAAGAGCUCUCACAGCUACGUGCGUCGCUAACGGAAACUACGGACAAUGACGAACCCAUGUGGCCUGAAGUCAUCGCCAACCGCCCGUAUACGGCUCCGCUUAUGUACGAGGAAGCCGCCGAUUUUAUUGAACAUGUCGCCACUAAUCCGGAUGUUGAUUCCGAAUGUUGGUCAGAACCCUUGGAUGGUUGCGCGAAACCGCGUCGCAAGUGGACUAGCAAGAUGAAGCAUUGUCUCAAGAAAAUACCCCAAAACACAAAGCAGGCUACCCACGACUAUGUCAAAGCGACGAAACGAUUCUCACGGACUGCUUGGCGCGUGUUGCCAGCUGCGCUGUCGAGCCGACAUCCGUUCCAGAAGAUCGACAGCAUCCUCUAG